GGUCCUCGCUGCAGUGUUCCCCUCUUGUCAAACAUCUUGGAACCAAUACGAGAAACAACUCUGUGACUCGUUACAGUUUAAGGCAUUUUGGUAUUUAGCAAAUUCAAUAAAAGUGUAAUUCGAGAUAUAUAGCUAAGUGCUAGGAAGUACUCUUUGAAACAUAGCUACCUGUGUGAAGCAAGUAUCCUAAAUUAACUGUAACUAGUCACCGAGCAGUGAAUAGUUACCUGGGUGUUAGUUACCUGUUGUGCAUCGCAUCCAGAAGACUGGAAGGACUUCCAGUGGAAAUAAACAACACUGAAUCUUUUGGGUUAACCGAGAUUAAUAACCAUUCGUGGUUAAUGAUGCAAAGAAAGUCUACUUCAUGUCCUAUGUUAGGGCCAUCAACUUCACGUGAUAUUUACCAGUAAUGUGGGAGAACAGUGGAGGGCAUAGUAGUGUGUCCACUGGGAAGAGAUGCCUGACCAGCCCAAUGAUAUGGAAAUGAGUCUAACUUUGGACAUGUGCUCUUCGCAUUCUUAGGUCAUGUAUCAACCUGGCAGUAGAUACAUACAAUGAAGUCAUCAUGCCUUGGGUUCAUCCAGAGGGAGAGUCUAUCAAAUAUGAUGCCAGUUUCAAGGGACCUAUCAAGAACAGGUCAUGUACUGACAUUCUGUGUUUGCUGCUGUUUGUGGCAUUCCUGGCAGGAUGGGGGGUAGUGACAGUCUUUGCUGCAUUGCAUGGAGAUCCAUCACGACUCUUGUACCCGACUGACAGCAUGGGUCGAGUGUGUGGCAGAGGAGAACUUCAGAACAAGUCAUUCCUCCUGUUUUUUGAUCUGACAAGAUGUGCCACACCCAAAGUCAUUGCAACAGGCUGCCCCACACCACAGGUGUGUGUAGAAAAAUGCCCCACAACGAACUGGUUUUAUAAUCCUGUGUCUGGGGACGCUGAUAUGAGGCCAUACCUUAUCUGUCAAGAUGGAGUUAACCCCAAGAAUGAGUCAGUAACUGUACAGCAGUUCAUUAGUAGUGGCAAAUGUGCCUACUACUAUGUAGAAAGUGAACCAAUUGGUCGUCGCUGCAUCCCGCGCAAUGUUGCAGAUCACGCAGAAAAUAUCAUCGCUGCUAUUAAAGCUUCAUCGUCACUCAGCAUAUAUGACUCAUUUGAAAUUCUUGAAGCUAUUUUAAAGGCUAUGAAACAUGUGAUGCGUUUUGCUAAAUUUCAGCAGGUAGCUGAGGGAGUUUUCCAAGACAUUAAAACUUCAUGGUGGGUUUUGCUGUCUGGUUUUGGUGUUGCCAUGCUCGUGUCAUUCCUUUGGAUUAUCCUCCUACGGUUUAUCUCGGCUAUCAUGAUUUGGUUCUCACUGAUUGCCUUUAUAGGACUCUCUGGCUUUGGGGCAUACUACACCUUAAACAAGUAUCUCACACUACGCAGCGGUAUCAACAACUCAACCAUGACUGCAGCUGAAUAUGAGUUUUCCAAGGAAAUUAGCCGAUUUGCAGAAUUGGAAACAACCUGGCUGGUUCUCUUCAUAAUAACAGUGACCAUCUUGGUGGUGUGUCUGUUGGUGCUCAUCUUCUUGAGAAAGAGAAUCAACAUUGCUAUUGCUCUUAUUGGUCAAGCUAGCAAAGCUGUGGGUGACAUCAUGUCCACUCUGUUCUUCCCUGUUAUACCAUACGUGCUGCAGCUAGUGUUCCUUGUGCUCUUCUGCGUGGUUGCUAUCCUUCUGGCAUCAGCAGGCAAAACUGAAUACCGAAUAAUGUGUUUGGAAGACGGUUGUGGAUGUCCAAAUGUAAAGGAAAAUGAUACCUGUACAUACGAGGAGUUUAACAACACAGCAUGUCCUGGGGCAUCGUGCCAGUUUUUCGACUAUGUUGUUGAUCCAAACAUUCCACGACUACAUAUCUACAACGUGUUUGCACUCUUCUGGUCGAUGUUCUUUGUUUCUGCCUUUGGUGAGAUGGUGUUAGCUGGGACAUUUGCUUCAUGGUAUUGGGCCUUCAACAAGUCCAAGGAUGUCCCAACUCUGCCAGUCACAAGCAGUUUUUGCAGAACUAUCAGAUACCACAUUGGUACAUUGGCAUUUGGCUCUCUCAUCAUCGCCAUCGUGCGCAUGAUUCGAGUGAUACUGGAGUACAUCGAUCACAAGAUAAGAGAGAAAACAGAUAGCAAGAUCAUACGCUGUAUCAUGUGCUGCUGUCGCUGCUGUCUCUGGUGCUUGGAAAAGUUCCUUAAAUUUAUUAAUAGAAAUGCAUAUGUGUAUUGUGCCAUAUAUGGAAAGAAUUUCUGCGUGUCGGCCAAAAAUGCCUUCUCACUAAUCAUGAGGAACAUAGCCCGUGUGGUUGUACUGGAUAAGGUCACAGACUUCCUGCUCUUCAUAGGAAAGAUGGUGGUAGUGGGAAUAAUUGGCAUUGCUUCCUUUUUCAUAUUUAGUGGUGAAGUGAAGCCUGCACAGAAAUACCUACCAGAAAUGAAUUAUUACCUCACUCCCGUUAUUAUCAUAACCAUUGGCACCUUCUUUAUCGCUAGUGCAUUCUUCUCUGUUUAUGCUAUGGCUGUGGACACACUGUUCCUCUGUUUCCUUGAAGACUGUGAGAGAAAUGACGGAUCAGAGGAGAAACCAUACUUCAUGAGUAAAGAUCUUAUGAAAAUCCUGGAUAAAAAGAAUAAAUUCAAGGAAGCAUAGUGCUGUCCAGAGAUGUUUAAACUUAAAUUGGAAAAUUUUUAUUGCAGUGAUAUUAAAAUUUUAAUUGGAAGCUUGAGUAUGAAGAUGUUUGUUCACUACUGUAGUGCGUUCAGUGAUACUGGAUGGGCUGGAUAACACAGUACAGGAGUUCAUGUUUUUGAUGUCGUUUGUGACUUCACAAUACUGAUACAUAGCACCAAAUGAUGUGUUAUCUUUUCGUAUGGUUGUUCUGAUAGGAUCUCCUCAAAUGCACAAAAGGUCAAACUCUCAGUUAAUGGUUGUUUUACAAAUGUGACAAUUUACAGAUAAGUUCAACAUUUGUAAUUUUAUGGAUCUUAGGCCUAUUUUACAUUGAAAAGUUCUUUUUGUUUGAAAAGGUGUUGGAAAUGAACCACAGCUCUGUUAUCAGUAAUUUUGGCUACUGGAGACUGUAAUGACUUUUGUACUAGUUUAUCUAUAUACAGAAUUUCUGGACACAAGCCAUCAAGAAAUAGGUCAGGUCGUGUAAAUUUAAAUUAAGAGGAUAAUUUAAGUACUGUAUUGUGAAUCCAUAUUCAAGGUAGGGAGGGGAGAUACCUAGAUGCUGAAGGCCUCUGGCACCAAAGAAUUACAACAACCUUCCAUUUUCUUGGAUCUAACCUGAUUACUUCUCAUCCUCUAAGGGUGUUUAGUUAGUCUCUCUCCAUAAGAUAUAAUGAUUAUCGUAUUUUGUGAUUACUGUAUCAUAUUUUGUCGAUACUGUGUGUGUUAGUUAUGUGCUGUGUUCACGCAUGUGUGUGUGUGCACGCAUGCAUAUGUGCAUGCGAUCACAAUAUGCAAAAUAACCACAUUAUCUCUUGAUAAUGUGAGAAAUCAUGAAAGCACUUGGAAUUUCAUUAUUGUUUCAUAGGCUAUUUUGCAUUUAUAUAUACGUGAGAUUUUAGUGGUUAAGCCAGCAAAUGUUGUUCAGAGUAUACUAAAAUUGUAUUAAUUUUAUUACAUAUUCUCUUACAUUAAUGCUAUAUGACCCAUACAGGUUUAGUGCUUAUGUCAUUACUGUAUUAAAUUCACUGGAGGAGCAUGAGACUCGUAGGAUAGUCAUAUAGAUCAUGAGAGACAAUUGGGUUCAAUCCAAUAAUAAUAAUAUAAUCAAACUAAGUGCUAAACCCAAAAGGGGUCAUACAGCAGGGUUCAGUUCAAGGAAAGGUAGGUAAGGUCUAAUUCCUUGGAGCCAGAACCCCCAACUGGCAUCAAUAAAUCGUUCUCAGCAGGUUCCUCUUUCUAAUAACAGAAGCACUACCUGUAAGGGCUAUACAGCCCCUGGAGAAUGGGAGGUUAUCAGGUUGAUAUAAAUCCUUCAAUAACAUUAGGCCACCAUUCUUGAAGAGCAUAUUACUGCUACAAAUGUAAUUUCAUUGUUUUAUAUAUGAAUGUUGCAAAAUUAGGUAAAAUGACUAUAUCAAAUGUCUGCAUUAUUAGAGAUAAACAAUGGUACAUUAUAUGUUUAUCGUUUAAAUUCAACAGAACAUUAUUAAUCAACCAUUCUACCUCACUGAGCUAGAGAAACAUUAGCCAAAGUAGGUUCUAGUGAAGUUUCUAUUGCAACCUCUGACUUAAGAAAGGAUACAGGAAGACAGCAAGCUUGUUUUGUGACGAACAACAAGGCACAAUACCACGACUCGAACAAUACACCAGUAACCCACAUAUAUCUACCACUAUUGCUACUACUAUUACUAUUGCCUCCCUUCACCCUUCACUCUCCUUUAUGUGCUACUAAACUAUUCUCCCUACUUUUUACUACCACUGUUACUUCUAUAACUACUUUCACUACCAGCCUUACCACUACUACUAUUUCUUCGCAUCUUGGUCCUGUACCUGUCCCCCUCGUCUGUAUAUACAGGCUCCUUCAUUUUUUUGUGUCACUGUGACUGUAAAUGGUGAAAGUGGGACCAAAAUGUCAUCAUAAGCUUCUCUCUCCUAUGUGUGGGUUAUUUGUGUAUUUUUUUUUUUUUGUGACAGACUUGUGUAGAUUAAUGUGUAUAAGUUCUACACAGUCAAGUAGUCUUUAAAGCUUGUUUUGCUCUCGAUCUUUCCUUCCAUGUUGGCAGUGUGCCUUUUUAUCCUGCAACCCCACCUGCAAGAAAAUAUCUGUUAUACAAAAUAGCUGCCAGUGGUAAUUUGUACAGAUGACAACUAUGUUUUGUAUCCCUAUAAUGGAACAAAACACCUAUGCAGUACUCUAUUGAUUAUCUCUUAUCAACAGUGUUAUAUUAAGUAGACUUGCCAGAAAUGAAUCUGCAAAAACAUAUUAUACAUUCUUUACUAUGAUAGUUACAUCUGCUGACAUAAUACAUUUUUGAAAGUUUAUAAUUGAAAAUGCCAAUGGCUUACAAACGUGUUAUGGAACAUUUUCUUAUUCGCUUUACAUAACCCAUAUUAAUAUUUUUCUUGCUUUGUACACAUUUGGUAUUUCUGUAUACGUGAUAUUUGCCUUUUGCAACCAGUGGAGUUAGCCAGAUAUGUUGACAGUUUUUAUUAUGCAGUAUUAAUCUUACAUAUUAGUACAGCUGCAAUGAGUUUGGUUGGCAGUGUUAUCUGCAAUCAGCACUUUAUGACCCUUGUGGGUUUAGCAUUUAGUUUUGAUUGUAAUAACACCAGCAUACAGUGAAGGACGAAUAUUCCAGGUUGGAUCAUGCUGUAAACAGUUUUAAAUAGAUUCCUAAUUACU